AUGGUGAGAAAGAAGGUUAACCUAGCCCACAUAACCGACGACGCCACUCGAAAAUCCACAUUCAGAAAAAGAAAAAAUGGAUUGAUCAAGAAGAUCAGUGAACUGAGCACUCUCUGUGGCAUACAAGCAUGCUUGAUCAUAUACUCUUGCUGGGAUUCUAAACCCUUUGUUUGGCCCUCGAUCGAUGGCGUGAACCAGGCAUUGGGUCGAUUCAAGAGCAUGUCUGAAGAAGAGCAAGCCAAAAGAAGGAUGGAUCAGGAGGGUUUUAUCCAGCAAAGGAUAGAAAAGACUGAAAGGAAGCUGAUGAAGCAAUGUUUGGCUAAUAGGGAGUUGGAAAUGACAAAUGUUAUGUUCAAAUGCCUUACUGGAGAAUCAUCUGUGCAGAGUCUGAAUAAAAUGGUGGAUCUAAAUGACCUUGCAUGGGUUAUUAAGAAGAAUUUGAAAGAGAUUGAAAAGUCUCUGGGGUCUCAAAGAAACAACAAGAACUAG